CUCUGGCCCAGGCAGCCCUCUCUGGGUACUCCUGAACCACAACACUGCUGCACUUCUCAGCCAUGGAGUUCGCAGAGCUGAUCAAGACCACCAAGGUGAAUGAUGUGGUGCUCACGAGCCCAGGACUUGCGCCAGUCAAAGGGACCCUAUGCAUCACCAGCCACCACCUCCUUCUAUCAUCCCAGGCAGGGGGAAACAAGGAGCAGAGCCAGAUGGAACUCUGGCUCCUGAUUCGCAAUGUGGACGCCGUCGAGAAAAGUGUUCAGAAUCUAAGCUGGUAUCAAAGCCACCGGACUAACGACUCCCUCCAAGAGACCAGCAGGCUUGCAAAUGCUUCUGGCACCAUUACUCUCAAAUGCAAGGACCUGAAAAUUCUGCACCUGGAGAUCCCAGGCAUGGAAGAAUGCCUCAACAUUGCCAGUUCCAUUGAGGCCCUCUCCUCUGUUGAGUCCGUCAUGAUGACAUACCCCUUUUUCUAUAGACCCCAAAGCGUGAAGCUGGAAAAAGGGUGGCAACUGUACCCACUUGAAAAAUACUACCAGCAAAUAGCCUCUGAUACAGGCACCUGGAGGCUCUCUUCUGUCAACAAGGAUUUUGCUGUCUGCCCCAGUUACCCCCCAGUGGUGAUGGUGCCAGCUUCUGUUGAUGACGGAGCCCUGAGAAAGAGCGCCUGUUUCCGCCAGGGGAGGCGGUUUCCUGUCCUGAGCUAUUUUCACAAGAAGAAUGGGACUGUGUUGCUCCGUAGUGGCCAGCCUCUCACUGGACCAAACCGGAAGCGCUGCCGGGAGGACGAGCUGCUCUUGGGUGCUGUGCUGGAACAAGGGGACCGUUGUUUCAUCCUGGACACCCGCUCAGCACAGGCAGCCAAGCAGGCCCAGGUGAUGGGUGGAGGCGUAGAGCACAGGGCUGCCUAUCCUCACUGGAAGAGGCUGCACCGGCCCCUGGAGAGGGGCCGUCCCCUACAUGAGAGCUUCACCAGGCUGGUGGAGGCAUGCCUCGAUCCUUCCAACAGCAUGGACCGCUGGCUGGCUAAGCUGGAAGCCUCCAAGUGGCUGUCCCACAUCAAGGAGGCACUGAGCACUGCCUGUCUCACGGUACAGUGCCUGGAAAGAGAAGAGGCUUGUGUUCUGGUGCAUGGAUCUGAAGGGACAGACGCCACUCUACUUGUGACAGCUCUGGCUCAGAUCAUCCUGGAUCCUGAAUGCAGAACUUUGGCUGGCUUCCAGGGGCUGAUAGAGCGGGAAUGGAUCCAGGCCGGCCACCCGUUCUCCCUCCGCUGUGCCCACUCGGCCUAUUCCCAUGCCCGCCUCAAGCAGGAGGCUCCUGUGUUCCUCCUCUUCCUCGACUGCGUCUGGCAACUCGGGCGCCAGUUCCCCUUCUCCCUGGAGUUCAACGAGCGCCUCCUGCUGACCCUCUUCGAACACAGCUAUGCCUCGCCCUAUGGCACGUUCCUGUGCAAUAACGAGCGAGACAGGAAGCUCUGUGAAGUGAAGGCGAAGACUCAUGCUCUCUGGCCUUGGCUGAAUUGCGAAGGAGACAAAUACAGGAAUCCACUGUAUGCACACAACCCCCUGGUCAUCUGGCCAUCAGUGGAGCCCCAGAGUAUACUACUCUGGCAAGGCUUAUUCCUCCGCUGGAUCCGUCCAUCCCACUAUCUAGAUGAAGCAUGGGCAGAAAUGCAGAAAAUAGCAAGAAACAGCCAAGUUCGUAAGGAACAAUUGAGUGAUGCACCACAGGAGCAAAUUCCAAGACAGACCAAUUAAGGAGCAAAAGCCCAGUCCCUGAACAUCUAAAGUUUCCCACGGCCUGCUGUCCUCCCCAUCUUGAACACAGCAGCUCUCAAAGGCAUAAAAAAGAGAUGUUGGUUUGGUGUUGGUCACACAAGCCAGGCCAUCAGCUUAACCCCAAUCUGUGUGGGUGCGUACAAUUCAUCCCAGCUUCUGAAUUGUUAUAGCUAAACUUGCCAGUUAGUUAUAUACGGUACAACAGUUAGCUAUUUGUGUCAUCCAAGGUUUUUAAAGCAAGAAAGCCAAGCUCUGGACUUGGAACAACUCUGGAAAGUGGGCCUGUUUUGGGCUUUCCCUCUCAUAUUCAUCUGGGGGGGGGGGCGACAAACUAAACUACAGGGGUUUCCACCUCCACAGGACCACAGUUGAUUUGAACAUCUGAACCUGGUUGUGAGCCAGACCACAGGCCUACCUAACUUAGUACUGUUUACUCUGAAAGUAGCUCUCUAGCAUUUCAGGUAGGGAAGGGUCCUUUCAGCUGGAGGUUCUGGGAAGUCCUGGAACUUCCUGUAUGAGAAAUCAAGCCUUGUCUGUGGACCCUUCACUUUGUCCAGUUAAGACAAGACAACCUGCACCCUGGGUGAGACUGUGACAGAUGGGCAAAGGUUCUGCCCCUUCCUAAAAAUCACCAAUCCUUUAAUCCUGUUUGGUAAUGUGAGCAGAGCAACUAGCAGCCAAUCAGGAUCCCUUUAAGGGCUGGAGGAGCCAGAUGGGAGGGGGGAAGUGAAAAGGGAAGAAAGCCGUUACACUGUUAGCUCAGAUCAGGAAAAAAAGGUCUGAACCUUCAGAGAAAGAGACUGGAAGGAUUGUCUCAGAGCUGGCCAUGUGUGCGAGCAGGCUAAACCGGUGAAUCUGUAGAGACAGGGGUUGUCUCCAGAAUAUCAGUUGGAAGAGAAUCUGUCUCAGGCGGCUGUCAGGCUCUGUAACUCUAUCAUACUGAAAUUAUAAAAUACUAACCAAAUGGACUUUUCUAUACUAACCCCUAGCCUUUGUGAGAUUGUAGUUACCAUGCAUAUCAAAGGGAACGUUUGAAGUGUUAACUUUGUUUAGGUUGUGAAGAAAGCGAAGGAAUGUGACCGUUAAUAGAUACCGCCGCUGGCCAGCAUCUUCCCAGAGGCUAGAAGAUAAGCAGAGGCUCUCGUGUGAAAGUUUGCACCUUUACUCAAUGUUGUUUUGAGAAUAAUGGCUUUGUUUAGAAAUUACUUUGCUAUAGAUUCCAUAAGACCCAGAAACACCCCUGCCAAGGUAUUAGUCUCAAUUUCUGUUUCAAGCUAUGAGUUUCCAAUAAAAGUAUUACAUUGUCUCAAAUGAA